GUUUUUCAGUUGUGACCUUGUAGUUAUGUCUGGUCGUGGUAAACAGGGCGGCAAGGCUCGUGCUAAGGCGAAGACCCGCUCUUCGCGAGCCGGGCUCCAGUUCCCCGUGGGCCGGGUGCACCGCCUGCUUCGCAAGGGUAACUACUCCGAGCGUGUCGGCGCCGGCGCGCCGGUGUACCUGGCGGCGGUGCUGGAGUAUCUAACGGCCGAGAUCCUGGAGCUGGCGGGCAACGCGGCCCGCGACAACAAGAAGACGCGCAUCAUCCCGCGCCACCUGCAGCUGGCCAUCCGUAACGAUGAGGAGCUUAACAAGUUGCUGGGGCGCGUGACCAUUGCUCAGGGCGGCGUCCUGCCCAACAUCCAGGCGGUCCUGCUCCCCAAGAAAACUGAGAGCCACCACAAGGCCAAGGGCAAGUAAAG